GCAAGUUGAGCAACGUUGAACACUGACGGAACCUACUGAGAUGACGAGCUUGGCGUUACUGUUUGUUGUACCUCUUCUGUGUCCUUGUGCUACCGGCGCCAACGUGGCCUUACACAAGGUGGCCUACCAGAGUUCUAAAUACGUUUUCGACCACAUCGACGCCAGUGCGGGAAAUGCAGUUGACGGCAACACCAACAGUAGACUAGACGGCAACUCCUGCACACAUACCAUCACCGGCGACGUGAACACGUGGUGGUUGGUGGACUUACUAGAUGUGUACGAGGUCACCAAUGUAACACUGUGGAACAGAGACAUUGUCGCUGAUCGUCUUCAAAACCUAAUUCUUGAAGUGGGAAGCCAACUGCCGGUUGUUUUACCAAUCCCUCAAGCGGAACGGUGUACGGCCUUUCCUGGAACAGUUGGUGUGCAGGUGACCUUGACCUGUGACGCACCUGUGAUUGGUCGAUUUUUCAUAGUCCGAAAAGUCUAUGUGCCCGGGACAAUUGAAUAUUUGACAAUGUGUGAAGUUGCUGUCAGAGGGAAUUUGAUAAAAUCAGACUGUGGUCCACAGUGUCUCACAGCGGAAGUAGGAAAACGGUUCAUGACUGACAACGCCAGCAAGUUCGUCACCGUACUUUCACCUGCUGAAUGCGCGAGUGACUGCCACCGGAACAUCCGGUGUCUCGGCUUGAACUACGAGAUGUCAACGGGAACCUGCGAGAUGAUAUAUAAGCUAAAACCCUCUGUGGAGCAACUGACCAACGCUCCCGGCUGGAGAUAUUAUGGAUAUAAUAUCUGUUGAAAACCAUUUCCUGUCCUGGAGUGUGAAUUACCUUACUCCAUCACCACAGUCUGUUAGAAUAACACCUGUGCAAAAGUAAUAACUGAUUUAGGUAGUGUCGGGCUUGAGGAGAUAUGGAUACAGGUUAAAUGCAAAUCUAGAACAUAUUACGGAUGAAAACACUCAAUAUUGGAAUUGAAUAAAUCAAUCAAUGCGCAAUUCAAUUGAUCUUAAUGAAUUAAUUCAUUAUUGUUACUGGCGAUUGACAUACUCCAGGGCAACAAUCAAAAGACCGCACAUUUGCAAUCUACCCCUCAAAUAAAUAUGUACAUACGCUAUCAGAAUAACACCUUACUCUAAAACAUUGAUGCAAUUGCUUGCAUCAAGUGUUACCGAGGUCAGAGAUUCGGUAGUUGGUCCAGUAUGUAGCGAUCAUUUGUAAAAUUAUUGUCCUCCAGUACGUAAUUCCCAAAGCAUUCCACCAAACUGAAACAUACCACGAUCUUUAACC